GGAAUUAAAUUCCACAAUUAGUUGUUGCUCUGCUAAAUCACUGUGAGCAUUCAACAGAUACAUUUGGUCAAAGAUUAAAGGAGUUGUAGUAAGCAAACAAUAGGCCCAGUUCCAGGCCCAAUACAGCCAGUGACCCGUAUACAAAAUUAGGCCCUUCUUCAUCAGUUAGAGUUCUUAUUCCUUCCUGAGUUUUCCCUGUGUUUUUACAGCAAAGGCCGCUGCCCUUUGAAGCAUGGGGAAGACAACCUCACGCGGAGAUGCUGCCACUCGAGCUGAACGUAAAUUCGAAAAGAAGCUGGACUUCUAUUCUAAGGUUAGACAGACAGUUAGUUCGUUAGCUACCAACAAGGCUAUUGCUAAGAACAAGAAAGUAAGAAGCAGGCAAAAGAAAUUGAAGGCUUAUGAUCUUUCUACACUUACAGAGUUUCUCCCCGACUUGGAUGCCUCUCAGCAACCAAAACCUGCAGAGUUCAAGUUGAAAAGUAAAACUAGGAAAAAUUUAGUGUUGAAGGAAGACAAUCAAUUACAAGCUGUUAUUAGUCAUCCAGCUUUCCAGUCAGAUCCAUUAGGCGCCAUUCAUCAACAUCUGCAAAGCACACAACCUACUGUAGAUGAAAAGCCAAAAAUAAGAGAGAAUAAGAACGGAAAUAGGAAAGGAAAAAAGAAAUCUAAAGCGUCAGCCGGGCUACAGUUGAUGGAGAUCUAAUGUGCUCUUGAACUUUUUCGUUUCGUUUUUUUCUGCUUCUCCUGGUAAGGAAUCCCCCAUUUUUGGUAUGUUGGUCUGUGUUCGUCGCCCUAUGGUAUAAAUAGGGCAACAGUAAGAGGAGUUGGCAAAUUUCUUUUUCGUUAUUUUCCUCUUGCUCUUUGGUUACUAAAGUUGAUCUGUUGAUGAACAAUUUGCUUGUAAGUUCCUUUUAUUGAUCAAUUCAAAGCUUAGUUUAUUACAUUGGUGCUUUCAUUG